ACUUCAGCAAGGUAAUGCAAAGUUCCGCCAACCAAACCUUCAAGACAAUUAUCACUCCUUUCUUCUGUUUUCUUUCGUUUCCUGCAGAAUAUCAUACUGCUCGAAAACUCAGUUAACAGGAUCAGUUUCUUAGGCCUGUUGGCAUAACGAGUUUAAGUUGUGCCACAGGACCUCUGAGGCUCUGACAUUUACUAAAACACAAACAAAGAUGGACAAGGUACUAAAGGUAGCCUCAGAAAAUGGUGUGGUGAUCUUUAGCAAGAGUUCCUGUUGCCUAUGCUACAGUGUUAACAUUUUGUUCCAAGAACUCGGAGUUACCCCUUUCAUCUAUGAGAUUGAUAAGGACCCCGAUGGCAAGGAAAUGGAGAAGGCGAUCAUGAAGCUAGGAUGCAACACACCAGUGCCAGCAGUGUUCAUUGGUGGGCAGCUGAAAGGCUCCACCAACGAGAUCAUGUCGCUUCACCUAAGGGGAGCUCUCAUCCCACUGCUCAGGCAAUACCAUGGUUUUAAUAAUUGAUGGUCAUAUUGUAAUUUCCCUUGCUAGCUGCAGUGUCAAAAGAAAUGUUUAGGUGAAUAAAGUUUAAUUUGAUCAACAUUAUAGUUGUCUAAGUAGAUGGUCUAUGUUGUUUUACAUUUAGCUAAUAUUCAGAUGGUUCAAGAGCAGCUAAAGCAUGUAAUAUUUCUUUGCAAUGAAAGUCAUCUUUAUUAUAUAUGUAAACUUUUAUUCCAAUGUUCAGUCUG